CCGGCUGUUAGCAGCUGCAGUGAAGACAGCAGCAGCUGCAAUAGCAGCAGCAACAGCAGCGGCAGCAGCAGCAGCAGCAGGAAGAUGCCUGGGCUGCUCAACUCCAACACUGGAGAAGCUCUUCCACUCACUUCCUCUGAGAUCACCUCCUGUGUCCAGGGCUAUGCCUUUGGCCUCAUGGCUUCUCUCACCUACAGCAAUAUGGAGGUCCAACCUUUUCAAGGCCUCUUCGUGUACCCUCUGGAUGAGUACACCACGGUGGUUGGGUUUGAAGCCAUCAUCUCGGAGAGAGCCGUCACAGUACAGAUCAAGGACAAAUCCAAAUUAAACAAUGGCUACUUUGACCUGCACCGAUCUCAGAAUGGCAUGAGUAAAAAAGUAACUAACUUUGCCAGGGAUGGUGUGCAUAUCGACAGAGAGGACUCCGUGUGCCAUAGGUUUGCUGUCAUGGCUAUAGAGGCUGAUGGGCUAUGGACAAAGGGAUAUCAUAUUAGUCCCAUAGGGAACCUAGCCCAUAGAAUGGAAGUAAUCAGGAAACGACUCCACAAGGAUAUCCCCCAUCACUCAGUCCUCAUGCUCAACUUCUGCCCUGACCUCCAGCAAGCCCAUUACAGCCUUCGGAAGACCCACGGGGAGUUCAUUUUCCUCAUUGAUCGAAGUGGAAGCAUGAGUGGGAUCAACAUGAACCUAGUCAAGGAUGCCUUGAUACUCAUUCUCAAGAGUCUCAUGCCAACAUGUCUGUUCAACAUCAUUGGAUUUGGUACCACCUUUAAGAGCUUAUUUCCUUCCAGUCAGGUCUACAGUGAGGACAAUUUGGUUACUGCUUGUAAGAACAUCCAGCAUCUUCGGGCUGACAUGGGUGGCACCAACAUCCUGUCCCCACUCAAGUGGAUCACUCGGCAGCCCAUACGUGAAGGCCACCCACGCCUACUCUUUCUUCUCAUUGAUGGUUCAGUCAACAACACAGGGAAAGUGCUAGAGUUGCUACGAAAUAAUGCUUCCACCACCAGGUGUUAUAGCUUUGGGAUUGGUCCAAAAGCCUGUCCAAGACUAGUGCAGGGGCUGGCGGCUGUGUCCAGAGGCAGUGCAGAGUUCCUUACGCAAGGAGAAAGACUCCAGCCCAAAAUGAUCAAGUCCCUGAAGAAGGCCAUGGCUCCUGUCCUUAGUGAUGUCACUGUGGAGUGGAACUUCCCAGAGACUGCUGAAGUCUUAAUCUCACCUCUGAGCUCCAGUUCCCUCUUCCCUGGAGAUCGGUUGGUGGGUUAUGGCAUUGUCUGUAAUGCUAAUUGCCACCAAAGCAGAACUAUUCUCUCCCUCCCUCCUGAAGGAGGGUACCAACAAGCAUAUGGCCCCAAACGGAUUCCUGAACUCAAGUCCUGCUUCAAAACCCCCACCACCAGUGACUCCUCAGUGACAACAGAAAAGCACCUACUUCAGAAAACCCAAGACCAAGAUCACAUCACCACAGAACCUUGCCUAUGGCAGGAUGACUCCCAGAAUACAAGAUGUACCAGUCCAGAACUCCAGCUACUCAAGACUAUGUGGAGCACUCAGAAGUCCUCAAAACGCCCAGGCUCAGGGUCCUCCCACUGCCAAUCCCAAGGCCCAGAGAAAGAUCAGGACCAAGGGGACACUGUCCCCUACUUGAAAUCCUCCUCCUCUGACAGCCAGAGUCUCGGGGACGAUGGGCCAGCUCACCAUCCCUUGAAGCAGGAGGCAGAGCCAGAGCCAGAGACAGAGCUAAUGCUCCACUCCAGGGGGCAUGCAUCAUCUCAGGGCAUACAGAAGGUGAAUCCCAGCUGCUCCCUGGCCCCCCGAGUUAUCUGCAAGGCUGUGGUCAAAGGCAUGAGGAAUAACAAGCCUAUGAAGUGGGAGGUUAACUUUGACCUGGGAGUCCUUGCCCAGGAGCUGCAGAUUUCAGAUAUCAAAAAGGAGGGCAAGUGUGAUAUUGACCUUUGGAAAAGGACCUUCCACCAUUUGGCUGCCAAGGCUAUCAUCAGAGACUUUGAGCAAUUGGCUGAGAUGGAGUGUGAGACUGAACCUGGUCUUGGCCAUCGAUACCAGGUGAAUGCUGUGCAUACCAGCAGGGCCUGCAAUGUCAUCAGCAAAUACACAGCCUUUGUGCCCAUAGACCUCAAGACCCGGGGAUACCUGCCCAACAUGGUGGAUUACAACAGCACAGAUAUGGACGAAGCCUAUUCAUCUUGCAGCCCACCUCCUCAUGCCAGAACAGAGAAAAACAGCCUUAGGGACCGUUCUCAGAACAAAUCAUUGUUCAAUUCAGUAUCCAAUCUUAAGGCUUCAGAUACCAUCAAUGAGACCAGCCGAACCCUGAAUAAGAGCAAAUUCUUGACUCGAGCAGCCAAGGCUUUGGUGACCAAACCUCCAACGUCCAUCAAGAUGCAGAAGCCAAACCCAGAGGCUGAGGGCAAGGAUUAUUUGCCCCUGGUUUCUCUACAGCUGGCCUCAGGUGCCUUCCUAUUCAACCUGGCCUUCUGUGGAGCCACGGGCAUCCCCAUGGAAAAACUCAAGUGGACCUCGCCAUUCACCUGCCACCGUGUGACCCUAACCUCCUGUUCCCACAAUUCGUCCCACAACAAAGACAGUGUGUCCUCAGGGACCUUCCACCAUAUCCCCUUUGCUGACUACAUCUUGUCCUCGUCUAUGACAUCCCGGAACCGUUCUCCUAGCAGGUCCCUGGAAGCUAAAAAGAAGCAGGACCUAGAGCAUUUUGGACCUGAACAAGCUGGCAAGGUGUGGGCCACAGCAGUAGCCUUGGGAUGGCUGGAAAACAACUCUGCCUCCUACUUCGUGGAGUGGGAAUUGGUGGCAGCUAAAGCCAGUUCCUGGCUAGGAGAGCAGGAGGUCCCGGAGGGUCGCACCCUGGCCGCGGUAAAGACUGCAGCCCAACAACUCUUUGUUCUCCUGAGGCACUGGGACGAGAACCUUGAGUUCAACCUGCUUUGCUACAACCCAAAUAGCGUAUAG